CCGCGGCGUCCGCGCAAAGGCCCAGGGAGACCGCUGGCUGACAGCCCGACGGUCCGGCGCUCGACGUGCCUCCUCGCUAGCGGGCCGCCGCCACUGCCGCCAGCCGCGUAACUUGUUUUCUCGCGUUGGCCGUCGUGCCAGUGGACGCGCAUGGACUGCGCUACGCCCUGACUCACUGGCCGGCCACCGACUCUGUUGUUGUCCUCCGCGGUGCCAGCCCCCUUCGACGACCAUGCCUCGACUCGCCGCUCACGUGUGUGCUCUGCUGCUGGCCGCCACGCUCGGGGGCUCCGCCGGAUUUUCAAAUCCCAAUCUCAGAGGGGACUCGAUCAAGUGCGUCAAUGAAGGUCAACUGACGCACGUUCCCGGAAUCUCGGACGACCCCUGUAUCACCUGUAAGUGCCAGAACAGCGUUGUGCAGUGCGGACGAGAGACCUGUCCUCUGCCAAGGGGCUGCUACUUCCUUCAGCAGGCCAAGGGAAACAAGUGCUGCGACGUUUGCAAAGGGUGUGUCUACAACGGCAGAGUGUACAGCAGCUCGGAGGAAUGGACCGAUCCCCACGAUCCGUGCCGGAGGUUUCUCUGCCAGUCUGGCGUCAUCACCGAGUCCCGCAUCUAUUGCCACAUCAACUGUAAAAAUCCUCGGCCACCUCCGGACGGGCAGUGCUGUCCUUACUGCGAUGGUUGCCUCGUGAACGGGAGACAGUACCUGGAAGGCGACGCUGUUCCAUCCGACGAGCGGGACCCGUGCGUGGUGUGCACUUGCAAGGAUGGCAGAGUCACGUGCACCAAAAAAUCGUGCCCCGUGCUGCCCUGCCCUUACAACCGGAUCGCGCAGACUCCAGAGACUUGUUGUCCCGAGUGCCGCGGUGGCAAACGAUCGGACUACCUGAAUGGUAAAUGUCUCAUCGGCCAGGAGGUUUUCGACCAUGCGGCUACAUGGCCGUACGACCAGUGCACCAACUGCGAAUGCCAGAACGGGACUACUGUCUGCCAGCGAACGGUCUGUCCUCCGCUGCAGUGUCCUCCAGAACACCAAGUGGCCAGCGCUGGUAGCUGCUGUUCCGAAUGCAGGAGGCCGGAAGAGAAGAAAGCCAUGUGUUACUACAACAACCAGAAGUACUAUAACGGAGACACGUGGAAGCUAAAGAAAUGCACCAAGUGUUCCUGCCAUCAUGGUGUGGUUCGCUGUGGUGUGGAGGAAUGCAUCACAGCGCCUGUCUGUCCUCCGAAAAAGAAAUUAGUGACACCACCAGGCAAAUGUUGUCCAACAUGCGUUGAAGAGGAUGGCAUUUGCACGGUAUUUGGAGACCCUCACUACAAAACAUUUGACGGAAAGAUCUUCAACUACCAAGGCCCUUGUCGCUACGUCUUAGCAUCUGAUUGCAGUGGUGGGACCUUCUCCAUUGAAGUAUGGAAUGAUGUUCGGUACUCAAAAUCCUUUUCCUGGACGAAAUCUGUCGUUAUUCGGGUCAAAGACAUGAAGGUUAAGCUAGGACAGUUUCUUCGAGUACGAAUUAAGAAGGAACGCAUUAAACUGCCCUUUGUCAAGUUGAGAGUCCUCAAUAUUCUUCAGGAAGAUCACAACAUUGUGGUCAGAAUAAACAAAGGAGUCAAAGUUGUCUGGGAUGGAGAUAACUAUGUGGAAGUGUCCGUGUCUCCUACAUACAAGGGAAAGUUGUGUGGCCUUUGUGGCAACUACAAUGACAAACAAGAUGAUGACUUCAUGUCGAGGAAUGGCACUCGUCUCACGGACCCGAACGCAUUUGGAAAUUCAUGGCUGGUUGGACGUCGAAAAAAAUGCUUAAGACCUCCUAAAAGACCCAGCCAUCCUCUGGACUGCAGGCUCAAGGACUGGAGUUUGCGUUUACAAAACCUGCAGAACUGCAAUAAUAUCAAGCAGGGUUCUUUCAAGCUUUGUCAUAAGGCUGUUGAAGCAACUCCAUACUUCAGAUCCUGCAUGUUGGACAUGUGUGAAUGCCUGCCAUCGGACAAGUGUUACUGCGACUCUCUGAACGCAUAUGCAAGAGAGUGUAGCAGAGCAGGAAUUCAAAUAAACUGGAAGAACUCAACUAACUGCCAAGGCAUGCAUUGCCCACGGAGCUCCUACUACACCACCUGUGGACCCCCGUGCCGGCGCACAUGCAAGAACUACCAGCAGGCACGGCCGUGCCGACGCAAGUGCCAACCAGGCUGCCAGUGCAAUCCGGGCCGGGUUUGGCACCGGGACCGCUGCGUGCUUCCCAGCGAGUGCCCCCUGCCCACCUCCUGAUCUGUGCGGCAGGGAGGUCCCUCCCGAAAGAGCCGCUUCCGCCGGCCCCCAUGGGCACCGCCCCCCAAAGCCAAGCUCACGGCCAAGCCUACCUCCGAGCACGUUUCUGAGCCCGAGCUUGUGCACGAGCUUGGGGGUCAUUUGUCGACCUGGCGCUCCAAACAGUUGCAACCACCCAUGGUUAAUCAUUGGGGUCAUUGAAAAAGGGGCAGGCUUCCACAUUUUUUAGGAGGAUAUUUGUCCUGGGUACUGUUUGGUCAGAGGAAAUGGCAGCUCUGGUAACUCAGCCACACAUAAACAAAAUGUUUUAUUUUGGAGAGUAGUAGUACCAAGAAACGGAAUCGGAAACUCGAGUCCAAAAACCGGUCGUCAUUCGGAGAUAUACUCCGUCUGCCCCCGAGUAGCAGUAGACCAGGAGAUACAGCCUUGCUUGGUCAGUUGGGCAUUGUCUUUGCACCACGUAUGUGCACUUUCCCUGUAUGCGUACUGGUGGAGAAUGUGGAUAUGUGCUGCAAGGCCACCAGUUUAUUCGUCCAGAAUGAAGCCCUUACUGCAAUGGCAGCUUAGGGGUCGACUGAGUAUAGUAUACCGCACAAGAAAAUUCCAACAUCAUUUCGUUUUUAUGAGUGAUAUCCCAGUUUUUGGUGUCUUAGUUCCCAUAAUUUGCUAACAUGUCUCAGACUGGGUACACAUUGUUGUGAUGAAAAAAAAAGAAAAAGAUAUAGGUACACAUCAAUUUAAAGGGAGGGAUAAGGUCCAUUUUUGACCCUUUCUGCCAACACCCAUGUUGCCUGAGGAUAAGUAUUGCAGCCUGUUGACGGUUGAUUUGUUUUCGAACAUGUGUAUAGGAACAGUUUGUGCUCAAGAUCACACCACUUCAUGAAAUGUGUCAUUCUUGACUUGGCAUGGAAGAAAUUAUUUAAAAAAACACAGUCACAUUUCUCAAUUUUUAACAAGGUCCUUCUAUAACAGGAUUAAAAAAAUGUAACGUCCUUUGAAAACAGUGGGUAUGUUUAGCAUUUAGAACUAUGGCAGUGCAAUAGGGUUCUUGGGAGAUAAGAUUGGUCACAAUAUUUUACAAAAUCCUGAAGUCUGUCGAACAUAUAGACAACACAAUUUUGUAAACACCAAGGCCAAAGCCACGAAAAAACAUUUGGUAUAAUAUUUAUUAAAAUUCAGUUGGUGAAAGUGCCAUUCCAGCUCUAAGAUGCUUAUAUUGAAGAUAUGAUACCCUUUGAGCCCUACAUUUCUAAAAAGCAGUCAACCAAACAGGUAGUGCAAGUACAUAGGCAAGUUCCUUUUAUUUCUGACCAUCAUUAGACAUAUUUCCCCUUCAGAUAUGCCAGGGAAGCCCCAUAUUCUGCAUAGCAAAUUUCAAAAGCCUGCCUUGUUUACUGUACUGGCACGGCAUGGCAUAUCUCAGCUUGAGGCCUAAGGAUUUAGCAUGUUCAAGCCGUGCAGGUUCAAGCGUAGUCGGUUGUAUGGUUCCUAUCAUUUCAACGAAGGUGUGUCCAGGUCAACUGUGAAAAAAUCAAGUCUGAUGGUGCUCAGACAUUGGCAUUGUGGGUUUCUCCUUGUGCGGCCUAGGCCUCGAAAAUCCCACUCCGCAGCGAGCUCACAGAGCUAGCGUGCUAUGCUCUGUGAGUGCAAGUCAAACGCCAGUCACACGUUGGUAAUGUUAACUGCGUGUUUAUUGCUCUAAUAACAACUAUGUACGCUGGCGGCCGCCGUCGAAGCGGAAUAGUCCUCGGUUCGAACGGUCGGCCACAAAGGAGUCCAACGGGGAAAACACUCACCGGGAUGCUGGCCGUGCUCGUAGUAACCUUCGCAUGCGCCGUCAGUUCCCAGGAGAAUCUCCCAUCCCUUGGCUCCCGCUGGUUUUGUUGGGUUUACCGGGGCUCAGUAGCCAAUCAGGAGUAGACGGGUCCGCUCUUCUUUGUUUAGGGGUCCGAGGGAAUCCACCCAGAGGAGGACAGGGUGGCCACCCCAUCAGAGUACAGCCCUCUCCUUUCGCUAGUGCCCAUAUGGCCGCAGCGGUGGCCCACACAAACCCCAUUCGCAAGUGUUAAGGAACCACAGUUCCCACAGCAUCAGCAUUCUGGUCCAAUUGACUCGGAGCUGCAUAGCUGAUGACUCAUGUUCCGAGCCUGUUCAUAUUUAUGUAUGUCAAAAAGAUGUGUAUUCGCAGUGCUGUGUGUGCAGUUUGUUUUCGUUGUAUCAUCCUUCAUAUCAUUACAUGUUUCUAGUACCUUACUCUGAGUGUGUGCAUUCAGUUUGAGCUUCAUCAUUUGUUUCAUUGUUCUAUUGUUUUAUUUUGAAGUACUCGUCUUUUUUAUCUGUGACGUUUGUUCAAAGUUGCAUCAGUUCGACUAAAAUUGUAUAUAGUAGCAUUGUAAAAACAUGUGAGAUUAUGGUAUUUUUUGUUUGAAAGUCAUCUGUUUUCCUUGCAUCUUCAUUCACUCAUAAAUUUUUCUUUCCCAUUUUAGGCACAGAUCUGAUCAGUAGCUGCAUAAGUACACAAUAAUCUCACCUGGUCCCAUUCCACUCAACUUCUAACAUACAUUUAUAUUGCUCUUUACUAUUGAUGUGCAGUUUCCUAGAACUGUGAAUGCACAUUCAGAACAAUGUGCAUCGAGUAUGUUUCUCUUGUGAUCAGCUGCCUACAUUAAAAAAUAAUAAUAAAUUACCUGUUGACCAACAGUACAAGUAAAAAAAGUGACAACUCUGAAUUCAUGGUGAUUCAGGUUGAGAUUUUGCAAUCCCUGUGCAAAACUUUAGAUGUGUUUUGGGGAUUUUGAUUAACUGACUCAUUUAAAGUAAUAAGUCAGGCAAGCUGAUACAGGUGAUUCUAAAAGGACAGACAAACUGAAGUCUGAACACAAUUGAGAUUUCUGUUUGUCCAUCCUUUUAGUUAGUUCUCUUAACUCACUCAAUUUAGCAUGUUUCUAAAUGUCAUGUUGUGUUUAUUUUAUUUGUUUGUUUGUUUGUUUGUUUGUUGUGGGCUUGCCACUAUACUUUUGGUAGCUGUAAUGCAUGAACUAACGUACAUUUAGAGCUAAACGCCUCUUUUCUCCAGAUUUUUUUUAAUUCACGACUUUCAGAAAUGCUGGCAGCAUGCCAAGGCAGCUGAAUUCGGUUUGAGAUUGGAUAUGUUAUUCCCAGAUACAGUAAAUAGUAUAGUAGCAAACAAAAUGAAACUGAAUGCUGGUUACAGUUCAGUUUUCCUCUUUUGUCCAUGAAACAUUGCUGUACUAUACAAUAGGUGACUGUUAAUUAAUUUAGGACACUUGCUUCAUAUAAAAAAGAAGCUAUUGUGCACAAGUGGUGCACACCUUAUUCCAGGUCUGAGAAAUAUUUUAAAUCUGUUGAAUUAUGUCAUCUAUCUAUUUAGCCUUUCAAAAGUGCCAUUCUUUAUUACUUUAUACACGUUGCAACCUAAAAUUAACCAUACUCAAUCUUCCCUCGAUUCUACAAUGCCUGAUAUAUUCUCAGUGGUUUUAUUAGCAUGUAACUGGAUAUUUAAAAUGCAAGUCAAUGCACUAUCUUCACAAAAUAGUGUUUCUUGAAAAUAGGAGCAGUACCAAAAGAUAACAAAUAAGCCCAAGGAAAGUGUUAGAAAUAGAGAACAGAAAGUAGCAUUUUCACAUUAAAUAAAGCAUCCAGUGUAUAACAAUACAGAUCAAAUUGAAUGUGAUUAGAAUACUCUCUAACAGUAUGAAAGUCUCAUGGACUUACUUAAAACAAAAAUAUAAUAUCUCUAGAAUUUGUCCAAUGCAGAAGUAAUUUUUUUCUAUGCAAAUCAUAUAUCUUGUGUAGCUGAUCCUGUUGAACAUUUUAUUGGGUUGUUGUGUUUGUGUUUCACAUGAAUAAUUGUUAAACAAGCCACUAUCAAGAAAGUUACGGGAAAAAAUAUGAACUACUAAAUUUCCUCAAUUUGGAUUCGGCAAUCUUUGGAAGAAUGUAAACCCAGAAUUGCUUUUUUGUAAAUAAGACCUUUAUGAAGGAAUUAGGGAGAGUUGUGGAUAAAUUACGAAACCCCAAUAUUGUUUUGCUAAUACAAACACAAUUUUAAAAAUAAUUUUUAAUUAUUUGUGGGCAAAAAAUCAAAACAUCCACAGAGCAUUUUCUCAGUGAAGUAUGCUUUACUUUACAAUGAUCAAAGAAUUAAUCUGAUAAAGGCAAAUAUCCACAAUGGCAAGCAUUGUGACCGCACACAACUCAACUCGCUUCCAAAUCGAUUAAAUUCAACCGAGUUGUUCAGAUAGCUUUCACUGCUUUUACGUAAUGUUCAGUUCAAAAAUAAAGUAAAGCAUUACUCAAUCUACUAGAUCAAAUCUCCCUCAAUACUAGCCUGUUUCAAGUUGCGAGUAAUAAAAUAUUUCAUAGGAAAUGGAGGCUAACUUGUUGAUUUCAGUCACCAGUGAAAGAUUGCACAUCUGUAAAAUACCGAGCAACCACCCACCAAAAUGUUGCAGAUAAUUACAAAACAAAAAGGGGCACGGGAGCUUGUUAGGUCCAAGAGCAGAAAAGUAGAAGGACCAUAUGGUAGAGUAGGCCCUUGCUUGAUCCAACGGGAUGGUAUAGGAACAAUUUAGGAGGGGCCUGGAGGAACCCCUAAUUUUUAAAGCAGUCACAACGCUCUACUCAAGCCUGCUUCGCACCGGCGCUCUCGUGUCAAGCUUCCCCGCUCGGCACUGGCACACACGCAUUGCAUAAAGCUUCACCGCUUUACACUGGCGUGUUCGGAGAAGCAGCUGACGAGGAGGAGCGUCUCGGUUCGCUCGGUCAGGUGGACUCGGGCGUCUGCUGCUGUGGGCACUUGAUAUGUCCACUUAUAAUUCAAAGGUCUUAAAAGUAGGGGUGGGUGAUUAUUACGACAUGGGCGCAUGCUCCACAUUUUACUAUUCACUAAAAUCGUGCCAUUUUGGGGGGAUAACGACAACAAAAGAACUGGAAUGUUUCCUUAAAGCCACGGAUUAAGUAUGGUUUAUUAAAUUCAGCAAUAUAUUGACUGUUGGCUUAGCAUUAUGGCACUAUUGUUAGUUUUAUGGUAAAGAAUGACAAAUAAAUCUUUCGUGCACAUAUGUACUUUCUAGAUAGAUUUCACACUUCAAGUGCUUGGUGUCGUGUCUACCUGGACAUUUGCUGUUGUGAUGAUUCAGUAUUAUAACAUGGAGCUGUAUUUGUUGUCUACUAAGAAAGUUUUAUUCUGCAUGUUGUGGUUAACUUGUGGAAUUAUUAGUUAUUGGUACUAAGUACAUUAGUUGCAUGCUGCUUGUAAUAAUCCUGCUGAUUCACACUUGGAAAUCUUUCUUUUUUAAACAAUUCAAACAGUUUCAGUUGUGAGGCACAUCUGAUGAUGCAUACUGCUACUGUCACAUGUAAUUAUUGUUGUGAUUGUGUAAUUUAUUCAAGUACUACUCUCUCAUUGUGCUUUAUCAAUGUGUGUGCCAUUUGCAGUUUCAACAUCUAUCACAACCCUCUGUUUCUGCACCUAAAAAUAUUAUGCUCCAUUAAUUUUGGUGGUACUGUAUGGAGUUAACAUCUCAUUUCUAUUUGUUCUCUUUCCAAGUGAGCUGAUCAUUUCUACUUCUGUUCUACACCAGUGUUGGAACCAAUGUCCUCCAGUGGCAUUACAAAACCCAUUAUUGAGGUAGUGAUGAGUCAUGUUCAUUUGCUCAAAACUAGCAUGUGACACAACUUCUGCAUUAUUUUACCCUGUGAUAUAAUAUGCAUUGUACUUAACUGUUCAAUCAUUUAACUUAUUUCACACAUGUAUGUUUUGUAAAAUUUUUAAACAUGUUGCAUAACCAUUUUCCUUCACAAAAGAAAUAUAAUCCUGGGUCUGUUUUAUGUGGUCACAGAAUUUGCCAGGAAAUAUUUGUAGAGUAUGACUUUGUAUACCCUUGGAUGAUUUCACAUUCUAAACCCUGCACACUUGUAGCAUUGGGACUGUAAAUCCUUGGUCUUUAUUGAAACUGUGCACACAAUAUAGAAUAGCCUGCCUCUGUUAUUUGGCUAUCAAGUUGACAUUUCUUGGGAUGCAAUUCCAACAACUAUGUGCACAAAUAAUUUGCCGUUAAAAUACACUAAUCUUAAAUUGACCCUUUGGGAAAUGAAGCAUAUGGCUUCAUGCAUACUUCUACAUUUACACAGUCCUGCUUUGACAGUGUUACCCUCUGACCACUUAGAACUGCACUGUUAAUGUAGGAGGUGUGUCAUCUUGCUUCAUGCUUCAAUAACAAAAGCUUGCACAAAUGUUAGUGCCACUUUAUGUACAUAAUAGUUGAUAUAAAGAAUGUUGUGGUUUAAUGUUGUGCAGAACUCACUUGUGAUUACAUUGCAUUGAGAAAACAUUCACUAAAAACGCAACCUCUUUACUUUCAUUGGCAGUCAUCUUUUUUAUACUCCCAUGCAAAUUUCGUGACGUCCAAUUAUACUGUUACACUCGAUCUGUGCAGAGUGUGUAACCCAACAAAGAUGACAUUCCAGAGCCCACUGUUACCAUCCAUCCAGAAUGUUUCAAGAAUUUGGUAGUUGCAUUGGCACUCAUGUUUGUAAUUACCGGUCCGAAAAUUCCAGUACCAUACUAAGAGCAAACUUUUCAAGAAAUUGGAAAUGAGACCCGAGCCCUUCAGAUUACCGCCACCACGAAAUAAAGGCAUUCUUCCUCUGUU